AUGACACCUACGACGGAACAACCAACGCCUGACAAGGGCGCCAAGAAGCGAAUUAUCCUAUGCUGCGACGGCACCUGGUUUGACAGCGAUGAUGGGUUCAACAAGGCCACGCGAAAGAACAAAGCCACGCUGCAAGUGGCUUCCAAUGUGACGCGCAUCUCGCGCUGCUUCAAGCGCCGAUGCAGCGACGGCACCCUGCAGAUCAUCAACUACGAGUCGGGUGUGGGCACCGGCAGCAACACUGUCGACACACUGACUGGAGGUGCUUUCGGGCUAGGAUUAACACAGCGUGUCCGCGAAGCGUAUGCCUUUCUGUGCGCCAACUACGCGGACGGCGACGAGAUUAUCCUUGUCGGCUGGUCGCGCGGUGCCUUUACCGUACGAUCCGUCGCCGGCAUGAUAGGCAAGCUGGGCCUGCUCACCCGCGAGGGCAUGGACUCGUUUGUGCCCGUCUUCAAGGACAUGCAGCACUGGAAGGACGACGGCUACGAGGAUGCGUUUCCGGAGAUGCCCUUCCCGGACAAGCCCAAAGGCGCCGGCGCGGCCAAUAUCUACCGCCAGAGGCUCGAGAAGAUGGGCCUCACACGCGUCACCCAGGCGAGCGGCGAGCUCAUCAAGGUCAAGGCCAUUGGUGUCUGGGAUACCGUGGGCAGUCUGGGCAUCCCUAAAAUCGGAUGGCUGGACGCGCUGGGGAUUCGAGCCACCAACAACGAGUUCAAGUGGCAUGAUACGGAUCUUUCGGACCGUAUUGAGCACGCGUUUCACGCCUUGGCCCUGGACGAGAACAGAUCGCCGUACUCACCAGCCGUGUGGGAACGACGACCGGAGAAUAAACUGACGACCGACCUGCGCCAAGUUUGGUUUCCCGGCACGCACGGAAACUGCGGCGGUGGAGUCGAAGACGUCGGCAUGGCCAACAUCACACUGGCGUGGAUGAUGGAUCAGAUGGCCUCUGUCGGUGUAGAAUUCUACCCUCCAUCUGCUCUGCGCAUGAUUUCCCAGCAAGUCCGCCAGUAUGAGGCCAAAGCCGCCCAGCAAGCCGCCACCAGCAGCAGCACCCGCAAAGCAGCGCCUCAAUGGGCCGUCGAUGCCAUCUUCCAGGCCAACGCGCCCAUCCGGCCGUGGGCCAUGGGCGCCAUCCUGAAGCCGCCGAGCGUCGUCGACUGGUUCACGGGGCGCACGACCCGCACGCCGGGCCAGUACCGGCGCGUCGACCCCCUCGGCGCGCGUGCGCCUCGCGUGCCGCGGCCUCGCCGUCAACGACCAGGGCGGCUGGACGGCGCCGACGCUCGCCCGCCGCUGGCGGCUGCGCCGCACGACCGUGCAGUGGCCCAGUCCAUCGCGGGAGAGGGAGCAGGUGGAUGGGGGCGCAAGCCCAACGAGGAGGCGGGCGGGGAGCGCUGGGUGUGGGAGUAUUUCGGCCCGGACGAGGAUGCGCCGACGGGUGCCAGGGUGCUCGUUGAGGAGCCGCUCGGCCCGUAUGAGCGGUUCUUGCUGAACCAGACGGGCGGCACGCCGAAUGUGUAUGUAUUUGCAGAGGGCGAAAAGAUGGGCAGUGUGAUGGCGGGAAACGGCAACCAGGGUCGUGAGCAAGACUCGGGGACGGAGACGGACAUGUCGGGUGCAAACCUCUUUCUCUCAUUGCCCUCCUUUCGCUCUCCACCAUUGGCGCGGCCAUCUGUGGUAUUGCUGGGUUUACAUUAG